AUGUCCGACGACGAUCGACCGGACGACGAUGCGCGCGAUCGCGUCGACUUGUACGCCGUCUUGGGCCUGCGCAAGGACGAUGCGCCGAGCGCGGACGACGUGAAGCGGGCGUACAGGAAGAUGGCGCUCAAACUGCACCCGGAUAAAAACGUCGGCGACGCGAGCGCGGCGGAUAAGUUUCAAAACCUGCAAAAGGUGUACGGGAUCCUGAGUGAUCCGGAGAAGCGCGCGGCGUACGACAAGACCGGCUCGGUGGAAGACGCGGAGUUAGCGAGCGAGGAGUUUCGGACGCUGUACGAGUACUACCGAAGCCUGUACAAGGAGGUGACCAAGGAGGACGUCGAAGCGUUCGAGAAGGAGUAUCGAGGGAGCGAGGAGGAGCGAAGAGACGUCUUGGAGUGUUACGCGAAGUACGAGGGAGAUAUGGCGAAGGUGUUCGCGUGGGUGAUGUGCAGCGAGGAGUCGGAGGACUCGCAUCGAUUCGCCGACUUGGUCGACGCGGCCAUCGAGACCGAGGAGGUGAAGUCCACCUCGGUGUAUCAGAAGUGGGCGAAGGACAUUAGAAAGCGCAAGGCACCGAAAGAUCCGCUGGGCGCGAGACGGGAGAAGAAGGGUGGGAAAUCGAAAAAGGGCGAGGACGCCGCCGACUUGUUUGCGCUUAUCCAACGCAAGAACGCGAUGCGAGCGGAUCAGGCGGACGCCAUGUUCGCCGAUCUCGAAGCGAAGUACGCGAAACCGAAGAAGGCUAAAAGGUAG